CGCGUAUCACAUUGCAGCUUACAGCUAAAGGUCGAAUCCAUUGUGAGGUCGGUAAAUUAAUUUACGCCACAAGCAGAGCGCCGAGCAGAGCGGAGAGAAGGAGCCCCGACUUGAUUUCCAUAACCAAGCCAAGGACGCGGGUCGAUUCCCAAGGAUGAUUAAUGUCGCUGGCUGUGUGAGCAUUGCGCUCUUCUAUGGCCUCAUCCUGGUGGUGGGCAUUUGGGCAGGUCGCAAGAAGCAGGCGGGCAAUGAUUCCGAGGAGGAGGUGAUGCUGGCCGGACGCUCCAUUGGCCUGUUCGUUGGCAUCUUCACCAUGACGGCCACCUGGGUGGGAGGCGGCUAUAUCAAUGGCACGGCAGAGGCCAUCUACACAUCGGGUCUGGUCUGGUGCCAGGCGCCCUUUGGCUAUGCUCUCAGCUUGGUUUUCGGUGGCAUCUUCUUUGCCAAUCCCAUGCGCAAGCAGGGCUACAUCACUAUGCUGGACCCGCUGCAGGACUCGUUUGGGGAGCGCAUGGGUGGCCUGCUCUUCCUGCCCGCUCUCUGCGGUGAGGUCUUCUGGGCAGCUGGCAUUUUGGCAGCGUUGGGCGCCACCUUGUCGGUCAUCAUUGACAUGGAUCAUCGCACCUCGGUCAUUUUUUCCUCGUGCAUUGCCAUUUUCUACACACUCUUCGGCGGCCUCUAUUCCGUGGCCUACACGGAUGUGAUUCAGCUGUUCUGCAUCUUCAUCGGCCUGUGGAUGUGCAUACCGUUCGCCUGGACCAACGAGCAUGUGGGCAGCCUGAGCGACCUCGAGGUGGACUGGAUAGGGCAUGUGGAGCCCAGAAAGCACUGGUUGUACAUAGACUACGGACUGCUGCUGGUCUUUGGGGGCAUUCCCUGGCAGGUGUACUUCCAGCGUGUCCUCUCCAGCAAGACGGCUGGACGGGCUCAGCUGCUGUCCUAUGUGGCCGCUGCCGGAUGCAUUCUGAUGGCCAUUCCACCUGUCCUGAUUGGUGCCAUUGCCAAGGCCACACCUUGGAACGAGACGGACUACAAGGGUCCCUAUCCGCUGACUGUGGACGAGACGAGCAUGAUAUUGCCCAUGGUGCUGCAGUAUCUGACGCCCGACUUUGUGUCCUUCUUUGGGCUGGGCGCCGUCUCCGCCGCUGUCAUGUCCUCCGCCGACUCCUCCGUGCUGUCGGCCGCCUCCAUGUUUGCACGCAACGUUUACAAAUUGAUUUUCCGUCAGAAGGCAUCCGAAAUGGAAAUCAUUUGGGUAAUGCGCGUGGCCAUCGUUGUGGUUGGCAUUCUGGCCACCAUUAUGGCCCUCACAAUUCCCUCCAUAUACGGCUUGUGGUCCAUGUGCUCGGAUCUGGUCUACGUCAUUCUGUUCCCCCAGCUACUGAUGGUGGUGCACUUCAAGAAGCAUUGCAAUACGUACGGCAGCCUGGCCGCCUACAUUCUGGCCCUGCUCAUCCGGCUGUCGGGCGGCGAGGCGAUCAUCGGACUGCCCGCCCUCAUCAAAUAUCCCGGCUACGAUGAGGAGGCGAAGGAGCAGAUGUUCCCCUUCCGCACAAUGGCCAUGCUGCUCAGCCUCAUAACCCUCGUCUUCGUCUCCUGGUGGACCAAAAUGAUGUUCGAGUCGGGCAAGUUGCCGCCCAGCUACGACUAUUUCCGUUGCGUGGUCAACAUACCCGAGGAUGUGCAGCGCGUGGGCGAUCCCGCGGAGUCCGGCGAGCAGCUGUCGGUGAUGGCCGGGCCACUGGCACGUUCCUAUGGCGCCGCCACCAUGGCGGGCAAGGACGAGCGCAACGGACGCAUCAAUCCUGCCCUGGAGUCCGACGACGAUCUACCCGUGGCGGAGGCGCGACGCUUGAACCAGCAGACGGCACAGGCGCAAGUGAAGAAGAUGCUGGACACGGCCACUGGCAGCGGCGGCGGGCAGUUGAGCCAGUCCGGCAUGGCCAUGGCCAUGCCCACGCCCGAGCAGGACAAUACGGCCUUCUGAGUGGAGUCCCAGCAGAUGUGGAUGUGUCCCGGGUCGUAAGAUUAGAGCCUGCAAGUAUGCUAACAUUUUAUUUUGUUGAGUUUUUUUCAUUUUAAGUUUGCGCUUGUUAGGGAUUGGAUGGUGAUGGGAUGGCGAUGGAAUUGGCUGGAGUGAAGAGU